CGCAGACGCAUCUGGACCGGCGUCGGUGACGUAGAAACGAGAAACGAGAGACGAAAGCGGGUUCCGAAGGCAAGCUCCGCCGUUUUGGCAGGUAAUGCUCGGACCGUCCGCGCUGGUGACAUCCACUCGAUCGCGGUCCUUCCGCCGGGAUCAACGCGCGAGAGAUCGCUUGUCGUUACGCGAGAUAACCAGUCACAUCGUGUCCACGCGUUACGCGAGUAAUUACUCGAGGUAUUUCAUCGAUCCCUCGUCGUAUCGACGAGUAACAGGCGGGUCCGUCCUCCCGCUCGCGACCGCGACGCCGACGGCUAGAGUCGCGCAAAACGGAGCGUCCGAACGAUCGAAGAGCGAUGACGUACCGUAAAAGGAUCGCGAACCACCUGUGAACCGACACGGAAACGCCAAGACAGGAAUGGUCUUUGAGGAUUACAGGACGUGCAUCCGCGUGCAGUGAGCUUGAUACAACUGUGUGACAUUGUUUGGAAAAUAUAUGACGGAUUGUGUAACAGUUACGUUGGUGCUUCAACAGAGUGUCAAGAGUGAGUGACGUUGUAAUCGACAACUAAUUCGUUCGUGACAGAUUGAUGACUAAUUGGAAGAUCGAGGAUAACAAACAUGAAGUACUUGAAAGUCGCGUUGUUCACGUUCAAUCUAUUAAUAUGGUUGGCUGGCUGCACGGUGCUCGUUAUAGGCGCGUGGUUGCUCCUGGAGCCCAGCAAGGGUCACAUCCUGAAUCUUUUCGUACCUGACGUCAAGCCGCACGAGACUAUCAAUUUGAUAGCUUACAGCCUGCUCGGGCUCGGCUUCAUCGUGCUCACGGUCGGCUUCUUCGGCUGCCGCGCCGCGCUACGCGGAAAUCAAUGCAUCCUCGCCACCUACAUGAGCAUGCUGGUCGCACUCAUCAUCACGGAAUUGGUGACAGCCGCGAUCGGCGGGUUGAUGACUUUCCAGAUCCUGUCGGAUCUGGAGGAAAGGCUCACCAGUAAACUGGCGAUGGAUUACGGUUACGAAUCGAGCAGCGAUAUUCCUUUCAGCCAAAGUCUGGAUUUCGCGCAAUACAAGUUUAAUUGCUGCGGAAUAAACGGCGACAACGAUUACAAUGGCACGGCUUGGCAGAGAGACGGUCAAAUCUCGGGGAGCAAGAAGCGGGUUCCCCUCACGUGUUGUGUUCUCAAAAACAGCGAGAGUAAAAAUACAGGCAGCCCGAUGAGCGUCGUUUCGAGAGUAUUUCACAAAAAUAAUGAGAAGCCAUGGCUACACCCGCAGCCAAAGGAUGAGGCAGCGUGUCAAGUACAAGACGAAGAGGGUCACGAGGGAUACAGACAUAAAGAAGGCUGCCUCGGAAAAGUCACAAACUGGCUGCAGUGCGAGAGCUUUACGUUAGUGUUCCUCGGCAUGGCAAUGGCAGGAAUACAGACGUUCGGGAUAAUAACGUCCGCUUUCCUCUGUCGAACGAUAAGAGAUAUGCAGGAAGAAUGAUCCAGGAUUCGUAGUCUCAAUGAAGUAAAGAGAAUGUCGUGGCACGUUCAGUCUUUACAUUGACACUUUGGGAGAAGAAACAUAUUCACUUUGUAUCUUCGUGUAUUGCUACUUGGGAAGAUUCCGAAAUGCGAAAUGUUUCGGUCAUGUGAGUCGGGACAAUGAUCAGGAUUCGGCAGCUACAGAAUAACGCGGAGAAGAAAGUAAUUUAAAUGUUUGUUCUGUUCACGAGGUGUCUAUUCAUUGAGAACUUUGAAACGAAAUAACGAUAGUGCUACGCUUAAGUUUAGAUCGAUUUCCACCCCUGUGCGCGUUUUGCUGCCAAUCAGCAAUAAUGUGACCAAUACACCCUACUGUACAUAUACAACAUACACAUCUGUGUCGUGUUCAGUCUAAUUAAUACUAAGAAAUAGCGGUACGUUACGAUGACAUCGCUGGUAUUUUACGACGAUCACCGGCAGAGUUUGGCUAGCAACCUGCAUCGUUAUCUUGUAAAUACACUUGCCAGUGCCAAGAUCGAAUAUAUGCGCUGUGCGUGCGUGAGAACUUUCGAGUUAUUUUCUUCUUUGUGGAAAAUUUACCUGAUUUGAGAUACAAAAUAAUUUUUCGCACAAAGUUGUACAUGAAUUUUUGAAGAAAUAUCAUAAUUUUUAACGAAUAAGAGAUUUAUGUGAGUGUUAGGGGAGACUGAGGCUGAUUGACAUAUUCUAUUAAUAGACUACUAAAUAAUAUUAGUAGUCCAGUAAGACGUACGUUAAAAUCGUACGUAAAACGUUGAUUCACUUUGACUGACAUAAGUUUCCAAAGCAUAUUUAACUAGCCUAGAUUUUUAGCUGUUAAUUGAAUUAAAGAAGUUAAACACUUUCAUUUGCUUAGUGACAUAUCAUUAAAUUUUUACUUAUAACAUUUCUACUUAGCCUAAUAAUAUAUGUUCAAGAUAGUGCCGAGAUAAUCUGUGUUUCAAUAAUUUGAAAAAAAGAUUACAAGUUUUAAUCAAUCCCAGCUUCUCCUAAUAAUUGUGAAUGUUAGGUCUUUAUAGAUACUUGUCAUCCACUUCGAAAUGGAUGGUGCACAUAUAUAUAUAUAUAUACAUACAUAUAUAUAUAUUAUAUAUAUAUUGGUGUAUAAAAUGCGUCAUAUAUAUUCUUUAAGGGAACGCUUUCCUCUCUCCGACACUAAUUUUCGAAGAAUGUAUUAUUAUAACUUGUGCCAAAAAGAUUUAUUAUACAGUGAGUGACACAAAUUUUAAUAUAUUUUUAUUUUCUCAAAACACUUGGCAAAACGAAUGUCCUGCGUUUAUAGAACGCACCUUAAUGAUAAUAAAGAUGUUGUUCUAUGUG